AGACAGGAAGGUUCUAGGGUUCAUUUUUUGUAGCAAGAAUGGCGACGAGAAAUGCUCUACUUAGGUACCUCAGAGUCAAUGUCACGCCUACUCACCGAAGCUCCAGCAUCACUUCUCAUCGAGGCGUAGCUCCCUUUUCCGUUAUUCUUCGUUGUCAUUUCUCCGAGGAAGUCAGAGGAUCAUUCCUUGACAAAUCCGAAGUCACAGAUCGUGUUGUCUCUGUUGUCAAAAAUUUUCAGAAAGUAGAGCCUUCCAAGGUGACACCAAAGGCACACUUCCAGAAUGAUCUAGGGUUGGAUAGUUUGGACACAGUGGAGGUGGUUAUGGCACUCGAAGAAGAGUUUGGAUUCGAGAUACCUGAUAAUGAAGCAGAUAAGAUACAAUCCAUCGAUCUUGCUGUUGAGUUUAUUGCUUCCCACCCACAGGCAAAAUGAGCCUAGGAACUAAAUAUGUAUGAAUUGUUAAGCUGAAUAAAUGAAAAUCAAACGUGUUUCUUUGCUACACCUUUUCAGUUCGUCAUGUUGAUAAUCAUCCAUAAACCUUAUUUUUCUUCGUCAA